AUGGAUAGGAAGAACACACAAGCUACAGCUGACUGGAUUGCCAAGAAACUAGUACCAGUCAUGAGAAUUCAUCCUAACAUGUCCAUCAAAGGGGUAGAAGCAGAGAUGAUUAAAUAUGGUGUGCAUCCAAGCAAAUGGCAGAUUUAUAGAGCACUAACUAAAGCAAGAAAUGAGAUUGAAGGAAAUCACAGUGAAUUAUACACCAAAUUGCCAAAGUAUGCAGAACUCCUCAGGAAAUACAAUCCACACAGUAUCUGCAAAAUACAUUAUGAUAGGCCUACUCUUCUUGUUGAGCCUAGAUUUCUAAGAAUCUUUAUUAGUUUCAAAGCUCAAAGAAGUGGAUUUGUUGAAGGCUGUAGACCUUUUGUUGGUUUUGAUGGAUGCUUUUUAAAAGGUCUUUUUGGUGGUGUGCUUCUUACAGCAGUCACCUUAGAUGCUAACAAUAGCAUUUUUCCUAUUGCAUUUGUUGUGGCUAAAGCUGAAAAUAAAGAAACAUGGACUUAUGAAGAGGUAGUGCCUGUUGCUAGUGGAAGGCAUUGCUGUAGGCAUAUCUGCAACAAUUUUAAAGCUCAAUUUCCUGGACAUAAUGAAGCCAUGGCCAGCAUAAAGGAGCUAAACAUAGAAGUUUGGAAAUAUUUGGAUAAAAUUUCCAAACCAACUUGGUAUAGAUAUACCUUUAAUACUGGACUCAAAUGUGAUCAUGUCACAAAUAACUGCACAGAGUCCUUUAAUGCAUGGAUAGGUGAGCUAAGAGGGAAACCUAUCUUGACACUAGUUGAUGGGCUGAGGAACAAGUUCAUGAAGAAAAUACAUAAGAGAUAUCAGAAAGGGUGCAUGCUCACCACUACUGUCACACCAAAGAUGAUUGGUAAACUACAAAGAAUAGGACAAGCCUCAAGACAAUGUGAACUGACUAUGGCUUCUGAUGACGUUUUUGAAAUGGGGGAUAUGUACAGGUCUUACAUAGUCAAUUUAGCAGCUAAAAGUUGUGAUUGUGGAGCAUUUCAAAUUUUAGGACUUCCUUGUAAACAUGCUGCAUUGGGGAUUAUCUACAAGUGA